AUGGCUUCCAUAGACUUAGAUGGUCCAAAUUGGGGCUUGCAGGUGGGGGUCAACAAUGGUUCAAUUUAUGCAUCUCCUGGGCGACCGGAAACCCCACCUCAUCCGCUUUCGACCGUGCCAUUUUGUCAUGAUCCAGAUUUUAUCAGUCGUGGGACAAUACUCGAUGAGAUCUUCCAUAAAGGAGUGAUACCAGGCUCUCGCAUCGCGCUUGUGGGCUUAGGUGGGGUUGGAAAAUCACAACUUGCGAUCGAAUACUCUCACCAAGUUCGAGCCCAGUCUCCAAACACAUGGGUUUUUUGGAUACAUGCAAGCAAUUCAAACCGUUUCAAACAGAGCUGCGAAGAUAUUGCCGAUCGAGUUAAGAUACCAGGCCGACAAAAUCCCAAGGCGAAUAUAUACAAACUCCUUCACGAUUGGCUUCAUGAUGAGAGGAAAGGCAAAUGGGUUCUUAUCGUUGAUAAUCUAGACGAUGAUCAGUUCCUCCAUGAGCCUUUGACGGUGGAGCAGGAUGGUGAAGGGAGUGGACGAUCGAUUUUAACGUAUUUUCCUCAAAGUCUGGGAGGAUUGAUCCUAAUAACAAGUCGCAACAAACGUGCGGUAUCGAGUAUAGUCGAGGAAACUGACAUCAUUCCAGUCGAACCGAUGGAUGAAACCCAUGCGAACUUACUUCUUGAAAGAAAACUCGCAGGACAGGCUUUUACCACAGACGAAGCCCUUCAACUCAUAACUGCAUUAGACUUUAUGCCGCUUGCUAUUGCGCAAGCAGCCGCAUAUAUUAAACAAAGGACACCAUACCUUUCAGUCCCGAAAUAUCUCCAGGAAUUUCAGAAUAGCGACCACGAGAAAGCGGGUCUUCUAGACUAUGACCGAGGACAGCUACGACGGGACAGAGAAGCAAAGAACUCCAUCCUCAUUACUUGGCAAUUAUCCUUCAAUCAUAUUCAGCGAAUCAGAUCAUCAGCGACUGAUCUGAUCUCACUUAUGAGCUUUUUUGAUCGACAGAAUAUUCCCAAGGGCUUACUUCGGUACCAAGGAGGGGAUGAAGACGAUGCAGACUCUGCUUUAGAUCAUAGGCUUGAGGAUGAUUUGCUGAUCUUGAGAGACUAUUCUCUCGUCUCUAUCAGUAUCGACGGAUCGACCUUCGAAAUGCAUCGACUGGUACAACUCGCUACGCGGAAAUGGAUUGAAGCUCAUGGAAAAAUUGACUGGUGGCGGUCAAAGUUCAUUGAAAUUUUGAAUCAAGAAUUCCCAGACCCAGUUUUCGAGCGCUGGGCAGUCUGCAAAACACUUUUUCCUCAUGUGAAAUCUGUUCUCACACAACGACCGAAAUGGAAUGAAGAAAAGUCCAUUGAAAAGUGGGCUGACCUACUAAGUAAAGCAGCAGAAUAUGCAUUCCUCCAAGGGGACUCAGCUGAGUGUCAUUUAAUGGCAGACCUGGCUGCAGAGGCAACGAAAAGAGUAUUUGGCCUAAACGAUAUGAGAACAUGCGAUUGUCUGGACAUGUUGGGACUUGCAUUUAUCUUGAAACACCAAUGGGGCGAGGCUGAAAAGCUAUUUGUGCACGUUAUUGCGAUGACUAAACAGCUUUUGGCGCCAGAACAUCCCAGAACUGUGAGUGUCAUUGGCAACCUAGGUUUUGUCUACGAAAAACAGGACAAGUUGAAGGAAGCCGAAAAGCUGUUCAUACAUGCGAUGGACAUGAGCCAGCGGGUGAUCGGGCCCGAGCAUCAAAAAACAGUACGCAUCAUGGGCAGUCUAGCUUUAGUCUACAAAAGACAAGGAAAGUUGAAGGAAGCUGAAGAAUUAGGACUGCGUGUGAUGGAGAUCCUUAAGCGGGUGACCGGACUAGAGCAUCCUGACACUCUAGAUAGUAUGUCCAGCCUCGCCUUUAUCUACCGUAGUCAAGGGAAAUUAGAUGAAUCCGAAAGGCUAUGCUCAGAUGCAAUGGAGAUCAGCAAGAAGGCGAUCGGACCAGAGCAUCCCAUCACUCUGACCCUCAUCGGCAACCUGAGUUCAAUAUAUCAAGACCAGGGCGAGUUAAAGAAAGCCGAGAAUCUAAGAGCUAAGACCAUGGAAACUUACAAGCGAGUGCUCGGGCUACAUCAUCCUUCUACUCUAGCCAGCAUGUCCAUGCUAGCUUUUGUUUACCAGUGUCAGGGAAAAUUAAAGGAAUCUGAGAAGCUAUGCUCAGACGCGAUAGAGAUCAGCAAGCAGGUGAUCGGACCAGAGCAUCCCGACACCCUGAUCCUCAUCUGCAACCUGAGCUCAAUAUAUGAAGACCAGGGAGAGUUAAAGAAGGCCGAGAACCUAAGAAUUGAGACGAUAGAGAUUUGCAAGCGAGUAGUCGGGCUGGACAAUCCCUUCACUCUGGAUACGAUGGCCAAUCUAGCUUCGGUCUACUUAAGCCAGGGGAGAUACGAAGAGGCCAAGGGUUUAUGGACUCAGGUAAUGGAGGUUUCAGAGCGGACUAUGGGGCGAGAUCAUCGCGAUACUUUGAAUGCCUUAUACCACCUUGCCCAUACCUCAUGGUUAUUAAGUGAGCACGAAUCUGCCAUACAAAUGAUGUCAGAGCAUACUCGACUGCUUGAUCAGCAUCUUGGCCCUGUUCACCCACAAACCGCAUCUUUACUUCUUCAACCACAACAUCGACGUGGUAUUGACGCUUCUUCCGCCCAUACGAAUCAAGUACUUAUUGGAAGACAAGAUGAGCAAACGCAAAACGUCUCGAUGGGAAAGUCUACAAGAUUUCAUCAGCCUACAGGUGGCCACCAGUCUACUCGAGAGAUACUUUCACGCUUCUUCCGCCGAAAAUGA